AGGGACAACACUGGCAUUGAGGGCCCGGGCGUCGGACAGUGCGACCUAGAGGGGAGCGGUUUUCUGACUCCGUGUGACCUACCGAGACAAGAUGGACUUAGAAGAUCUGUGCGGGGAGCUGGCUGCUCUUCGUAAAGAGGUUGUUGGUUUGAAGGGAGAAGUGACCACACUGCAGGGGGAGGUGACUACACUGAAGGGAGACAACGCCACACUGAAGGGAGAAGUGACCACACUGAAGGGAGACAACGCCACACUGAAGGGAGACAACGCCACACUGAAGGGAGACAACACCACACUGCGUCAGGAGGUGGUCCAUCUACGUGAAGAGGUGGUCCGCCUGCGACAGGCUGUCCUCGAGGAGCGCACCACUCGCGAGGUCGUCGUGGAGGAGCUGCGGCAGGAGGUCCGCCGGCGAGCGGCGCCAUCCGACCGCUCCCAGGGUGACGUCGAAGAGGUGAUGACGCUGAAGGACGGAACCGGCGACAAGUGUGACGUCAUCAGCACAUGUGACGUCAUCACCCAAGAUAAGGAGGAGGCGGGGCUGGCGGGCGGUGACGUGCGAGAGGCUGUACCGCGAUGGCCUUCUCUUAUUUAUCUCCUGGACCACGACGUGCUGAAGGUGGUGCUGAGCAAAAUGGACUGCUGGGAAAUGAUCCGCGCCAGGCGGGUCUGCCGUCGGUGGCGGUCCGCCGUCGACGAUAUCGUCGGCGACUGUCGGCGGGAGCUAACCGAUCAACAAACUCGAGGUGGAGAAGUCCCUGCGCCGGCUACGGGCCUAGAGCUCGUAGUGAAGACACAGGACCAGCCGAAGAUGACUGAACUGCGGGCGUCGACGGCUGAGACAGACACCGACCUUCGACUGGUCGCGGCCACCUGCCACGCCCUGGAGAAGGCUAACCUGCGCGGCUUCAAGCUGCGAGUCUCUGCCCUGCGCCGGCUGGCGCGUGCCAACGCCUCCAGUCUGCGUGAGCUGACGCUACCGGCUGGGAUCAGCGACUGGCAGCUGGAGGCGCUGCUGGAGCCGCUGAAGGCUCUGGAGCGGCUCGAUGUGAGCCCGCCCGUGGACAGCUCCGGCAAGUGGCUGCGGCUGCUGCCCAAGUCGCUGAGGAGACUGGACAUCACUGGGUCGGGGAUGACUCGAACAUCGCAUAAUUUUAGAAGAGGUCCGUCGGAGGGACUUGUGGUCGGUGUACUGUCAGCAACGGACACACUCCUGGACCAGCUGGCAGUCCUGGCGACCCACACAGUCACCGAGCUAUUCAUUGAUGAGUCACCGUCCGUGACACCGGAAGCGACGGGACGCCUCCUGACUGCCCUCACCAGCUUGAAGGACGUCACUUUUAUCGGAUCCGGCGUCAUUUGCGACACUGUGCUAGCCGCCCUCCACGGCUGCUCCCAGCUGGAUACGGUGGAGCUCAGUGACACCCGGCCCCUCACGGACAUCCCUGCCCUGACCCAGUCAGAGGUGGCAGCGGUCAGCAGGAUGGCAGUGACCUGCAGGAAACUGUAUAGACUGUACAUUGAAUCCUCCACUGAAAACUGCCAGGCUGUCCUGACUGCCCUGCACGAGACAGACCUGGGAUGUGACAGUGGCCAGUCCCGUACCAUCGAUUUCAUUGUCCCCAAGUCUGUAUACGACAAGCUUACUAAGCCACCCAACGGCAGCAAAAUCACCGUAUACUCCUUCUAAAAGCCUGACUAAUCACUGUAAUCAGUGCCUCGACCGCUCCGGUGCCGGAUGGCAGUGUCGGAACUCGACAACAGAUGGCAGCACUGUGUCCCGUCUGUAGUGUCGGAACUGGACAACAGGUGGCAGUACCGUCCGUGUCCCGUCGGCAGCGCUGUGCUGAACAAAAUAGACAUCUAGACCUUCAUAUGCAGAAGUACUUCGAGCCGCCCUGUCCCAUCGGGCCAGGUCUGCGGGUACUUUACCGCCGUGCCAGGCUGGUUUGGGCUGAGUGACCACCUAAAUGCUUGAUCAUUUGAGCACAGAUUGCUACGUUUGUCGACACUACACUGCUCUGCUUUGAUAGACGGUAGGUAUAUUCAGUAUUCGAGAUGUAUCACGCUCGGGGCCACUGUCCAGCCGUCGGUAAACCGUUGUCACCGUGCCGGAGGUACCGCCGUGGUGACGUCACGUGUGUUGUCGUGACGUCACGCUGGCUCACGCCGCUGUGCUGUUGUGUUGUAGUUUCAG